UUGACUCUAGGCAAUCAGCAUGUCUGAUUCCACUGGCCACAAGUUGGGAUGGAACAUGAUCCAAUUUGACCUAAUAAGAGCAAGUUCUAGGCUUCUGAAAAAAUAAUCUGGAGGGUGUGCCAUGAAGAUACAAAAUCUAGAAGCACUUCUUUCAUCUGGCUACCAUAGGAAGAGAGCCUAGAGCACCCUAUGAGUUGAAAUUGACACCAUGGAAGGCACACUGAAGACAUGGUACAAACCCAGUCCUGGUUACAAACCUGAAUGCCUGCAUCAGUCCUCACCUAAAACCAUACCCACAGCCAAGAAGCCCAAUUUUAGUUGGUUUCUUUUCUCUUUCUUUCUUUCUUUCUUUCUUUCUUUUGGCAACUACAAAUGAGAAACUCAUGAUACACUGGCUUUAUCUAACAGAGUAAUCUAAAGAGUUCAGAAAUUCUAGAAAACACCCUCACACAAAGCUGUGCUUCUGCUUGAUGAUGUUAGUCAAGUAUGUGUCAUUAGUUCUGUGUUCUAUCCUUAACCCUAUCGCUGCCAUCUGUAUCUUUCAACUCUGGAGAAAAAGUAUCAAUAAAUACAAAAAAUAUCUGUAACAUUAAGAGAUAAUAUUAUACAAAUUACAAAUAUAACAGAUCACUCCCCCAAAAUGACAUGGGAUUUCUUUUGGGUAAGCAGCACUGUGAGGGUUUGUGUAUUUGGUACUGUGUGGUCUUCAACAGUAAAAGCCAUUACUUCUUUUUGUUCACUAUUUUCCACCAGACUCUAAUGGCAUGUGGAUUACCGUUUCAAGACAAGACAUCCCCGUCAACAAAACCACUUUAACAAAAUGUCGUUUUUCUUUCCCACAGGUCACUUUUCAAAAUGUUUUAACCACUUCAUAGUACUGCUUGUACAAAAUGAUUAAAUGUCGUAUUAAUUUCUCUGCAGUAAAUGUAUGUGAUAAAUGUUACAUGUAAAUCAGCUACAAAAAAAGAAAUAAAAAAGUGCGCCCCAAAGCAGUCUCAAGAUUUUUAGGAAAUAUGAGAUGUUACUGCAUUCCUAUCUCCCCCUGCUUCAAUAUAAGUUGGGUGUAAGUAUGAAAGGGGUGUUAUAAAAAUAGGCCCACCUCAAUAAACAGGAAAAUAUAUGACAGGUAUUCUCACUGAUAAAGCUUAUAAGACUACUUGUUACUUUUUUAAGGUGUUCAUUGUAUGAUUCUAUGACUUGUCUCAUGGUCACAGUCAUAGCCACUAGCCACUACACUCCACUUCCUAAAUAUUGUAUCAUGUGUUUUGGGGACCUGUGAUACAGGACUUAUGACCAGGAAGUAAAUUUGUUCUUUAUCAGCCUCCAGGUGUCACCAGCCUUAACCCCCAUGGUAUCAGCAUGGCAAGGGAAGCCUAUACCUGCACUACUUCUCCCUUCUCUCCCAAAUCCUCCCUCAUUUGAUGACCUGCUAAACCUGCCCCAAAAGUGUGUGACAAAGGGCUUACUUUCCUAUCAUUCCAUUUCCUGACACAAAUGAACACCAAGAAAACAUGGCCCUCAUCAUAUCCAUACAAUAUUACAUAUUACUUAAAUUCUUGAUUUUUCUAUUUUCUUUUUUUGACAUAGAGUCUCGCUCUUGUCCCCCCGGCUGAAGUGCAGUGGCGUGAUCUCAGCUCACUGCAACCUCCACCUCCAGGGUUCGAUUCUCCUGCCUCAGCCUCCCAAGUAGCUGAGAUUACCGGUACCCACCACCAUGCCUGGCUAAGUUUUGUAUUUUUAGUAAAGAUGGGGUUUCACCAUGUUUGCCAGGCUGGUCUCGAACUCCUGCCCUCCGGUGAUCCAUCUACCUCGGCCCCCAAAGUGCUGAGAUGACAGGCAUGAGCGCCCGGCCUCAAUGUUCUAUUUUCUAAGCUAAAAGGGUCUCUACAUUUAACUUGCAGCUUUUUUCAAGCUGUUAGUUAUGUUGUACUUUCAACCAUUAUCUUUCGAAAGGAAUACUAGCUCUCUCUGAUAUCAUAUAAUCCUUAUAAAAGCCAAUUUCAACUCCACAUCAAAUUCACUUUCUUGUUAAGAAAAACAAGCAACUAUAAAAAAAUUGUCAUGGCCAAGUGUAGUUCUUACCUGGCUAAUAGUAUGAAAGUAGUUAGGUGAAAAGUAAGAAAAAUGGUCUUAUUUUAAAUAAGAAAACCAGCAUUUCUAUCAAGGCCAUUCAAAAUAAGAGCUCCUUAAGUGUUUACAAAGUACAUUCAGAAUGUCCUGGUUAAUGACAGAUAAAGCUCUGAGAAACAUUUAAAACCUAAAUGAAAAAGAAGAAAAUAAAAAUCUAUCUAAGCUAUAUCAAAUAAAAACUUUGUAAGCCAAUAAGCCAAAUUCGCCUUUCUAUCUGACCAAGCUGCCUCUCUCCUCAGACUUCCUUUCCCAGGACUAAAAUCUCAGUCUCCUCUCCUCCCUCUCUACCCGACCCUGCAGUGAUUUUACUUCUGCAGUGGUUCUCAGCUAUUCCUCCCUUCCCAUGUAAUUUCAGAUCCAUAUUGCUUCUCACUUAAAAUGACUACAAUCAUUCCUUAACUGGUUUCUCAUCGUCCACUUUCUCUCCUAACCAAGCAAACUCCAAUGCUGGCAGAUUUACCUAAUACUGCCGAAUUGACAGCUCCUUCCCUUGUAUAACCAUGAGCUCUCCAAUGCUUACUUUAUUAAAAUCCCAGGGAGCAUCCAAGAUUUGGUCUCAAUCUUUUCCUCACAGAGACACCCAAGCCCCCAAAUGGCCUGACAGUCCCCUCCAAAAUUUCUCAUACUCCAAUCAUCUGUGUCAUCCCCCAAGCAUGCCACCUUGCAGCUCAUUCUGAAGAAGCUCCCGUUCACCCCACCACAGUCUGGAGCAUUACACUUCCCGGAUUCCCACAGGUUCUAACAGCACAUAGCAGGUGAUAAGAUUCCUUAUCAUUCCUUUACAAAGCAUAAAAUAUUCUCCAGGAUAAGAGCUCAGGAGGCAGCCCGUAAUCGAUGAAUAUUUGCUGUUAUAGUUUUUCAUAAAUACUUGAUCAAGAAAUAUUCACAUGGCUGGGUACAGUGUUGUGCCCCUGUAGUCCUAGUUACUCAGGAGGCUGAGGCAAUAGGAUCGCUUGAGCCAAGGAGUUUGGGACUGUAGCAAGCUAUGAUUAGACCUCUGAAUAACCACUGCACUCCAGCCUGGACAACGUAAGAUGACCCUGUCUUAAAAAAAAAAAAAAAAAAAAAAAAUCACAUGGCUAGGAAAAGGGAGAUGUUCUCCAAAGAACUUUCUCCUGGAAAGUAACUAACGAGUUUUUAAAAUGUGUUCUCUGCUUUGAAAAUGUGUUAGUCACGGUCAGGCACGGUGGCUCACGCCUGUAAUCCCAGCACUUUGGGAGGCCGAGGUGCCUGCCACCGCGUUGGCUAAUUUUUGUAUUUUUAGUAGAGACAGGGUUUCACCAUGUUGGCCAGGCUGGUCUUGAACCCUUGACCUCAAGUGAUCCACCAGCCUCGGCCUCCCAAAGUGCUGGGAUUACAGGCAUGAGCCACUGUGCCCAGACAGUUUAUUUGUUUUCUAAGCAAUGGGCACUCUAUCCAAACUACAGAGACAGUUAAAAUCUUGUAUUGUUGUUGCUGGACUACUUCAGAGUAUCUCACAUUUUCACCGGUAAGUAACUGUCUGAUAAAAUAUUUAUUAAGCACUUAGUUCUCAAACUUGUGACACAGAACACAGGAUGUUAUUAUACAAUAGUUUAACCUCUAAUUUACAUAAGCAAAAAUUUUAAAUAAACAGAUUUGUUUUUCACUGCAAUUUAGACAAAAGUUCAUGAACGCAAAUGUGAGAAAUGUGAGAUGCUCCAUGAUUCUUGAGAAUUACUGAAUGAUUAGUUACUCAUUUCAAAUAAAUUUUUCACGUAUGGUAUAUAUCGUCAGUUCUAGCUACAGAGAAAAUUAAUCAAAAGAAAUUACUCUAAUUCUUCUCUUUACUGUAUAAGUCUCAUUGAUACAAUAGUCUUAUUUUAUAAUUGUGCAAGCAAUGGAGCACUUAAAGAAACACAUUAUGUUACCAUUAUUACGUAAUAUUUGAAAUAAAAGUGCAUAAGCCAAAAUCCUAGGGCCUUAGAAAGUAACAAUAAGCAAAGAUGUGACACUAUAUCAACACACACGAUUACUAGUUUUUCACAUAAAGAAGAAAAGUAUGUUCAAAAUUCCAAAGUACAAAUAAAUGGUAACUAUCCAAAUUCAUGGUCGCCAAGGACAUCGGUCAAGCCUGGAGUAGCUUUCAGAUGUGAGGAGCUUCCUUAAAGCUCUGGAAUAAGCAGGAUUCAGGAAUAGGAAGGAUAAACGCAGAGAGCUUAGAAGAUGACCAAUAAGAGCAGAUCUUAGUCCUGCCUGAACAUGCUGUGAAAGCUUGAGGAACACACUAGUGCCAGCCCUCAGUCUCCUCAACUGACUUGGGGAUUAGACUACAGGCUAUCGAUAAAGUUUCCAUCCAUCCUUAAAAUCCUAUGACUCCAAAAUUUCUAUCACAUGCAAAAAUAUAAAGGCAGGAAGGAACUGUACACAGAACAGUAGAGAUCCCACCAAUCCCAGUCUUAAUCUGGGAUGUAAGUUGAGAUGGCAGAGAGAAACUAGGCUGUGGAAGCUUUGAGUGCAAAGUUGGUUUAAACUUAUUGGAUAGGGCCUAGGUUUCGUUUUUAAAUGUGCGUGUGAGUGAGAGAGAGAGAGAGUGUGUGUGUGUGUACGGCAUGCGUGUGCGUGGCUGUAUGCAUAAAACAUCAAAAUAUAUGAAAAGCCUAAACUUAUAUUCUUAGUAUUUUGGUAAAAAGUUAAAAAGGAAUAGUUUAUUUCAGCUUUAUUACAUAAAAAUUGUUUAGAACAUAGUUCCUGCCCACACAGUAAGCCCUUAGUAAAGACUGGCAGAUACAAUAAUAAUCAUUAUCAUUUCUAUCAUCAUCUUACUAUUAUUAUUGAGGCAGUGUUUUGGAGUGGUUUUGAAUGUGAUUCUGAGAUCAGACUGACUGAGUUGGAAUCCUGGCUUUAUAUCUUACCAGCUACACAACCUUGGAAUCUCGGUUCACUUAUCUCCUCUGCAAACUAACUUCCAACCCAACUGGUAAUAAGAACUACCAGAAUGGAAAAACCUGAGGUUGAAAAUAUCCCUAACAAAAGCAAACUGCAUGGGAUUUCCUGAAAGUCACAAAAUCAGACAAUGGAAAACCCAGGCAUCUUCACAAUCUAGUAUGUUCUCACCAGGCCACAUGGUCUGAGUCUUAGAAAUUUUUUCUUUUCAAUAAGCAGUCAUCCUUACUUUCCCUCAAGAUGACAAACAGUUCGUUCUUCUGCCCAGUUUAUAAAGAUCUGGAGCCAUUCACGUAUUUUUUUUAUUUAGUUUUCCUUGUUGGAAUUAUUGGAAGUUGUUUUGCAACCUGGGCUUUUAUACAGAAGAAUACGAAUCACAGGUGUGUGAGCAUCUACUUAAUUAAUUUGCUUACAGCCGAUUUCCUGCUUACUCUGGCAUUACCGGUGAAAAUUGUUGUUGACUUGGGUGUGGCACCUUGGAAGCUGAAGAUAUUCCACUGCCAAGUAACAGCCUGCCUCAUCUAUAUCAACAUGUAUUUAUCAGUUAUCUUCUUAGCAUUUGUCAGCAUUGACCGCUGUCUUCAGCUGACACACAGCUGCAAGAUCUACCGAAUACAAGAACCUGGAUUUGCCAAAAUGAUAUCAACCGUUGUGUGGCUAAUGGUCCUUCUCAUAAUGGUGCCAAAUAUGAUGAUUCCCAUCAAAGACAUCAAGGAAAAGUCAAAUGUGGGUUGUAUGGAGUUUAAAAAGGAAUUUGGAAGAAGUUGGCAUUUGCUGACAAAUUUCAUAUGUGUAGCAAUAUUUUUAAAUUUCUCAACCAUCAUUUUAAUAUCCAAUUGCCUUGUAAUUCGACAGCUCUACAGAAACAAAGAUAAUGAAAAUUACCCAAAUGUGAAAAAGGCUCUCAUCAACAUACUUUUAGUGACCACGGGCUACAUCAUAUGCUUCGUUCCUUACCACAUUGUCCGAAUCCCAUACACCCUCAGCCAGACAGAAGUUAUAACUGAUUGCUCAACUAGGAUUUCACUCUUCAAAGCCAAAGAGGCUACACUGCUCCUGGCUGUGUCGAACCUGUGCUUUGAUCCUAUCCUGUACUAUCAUCUCUCGAAAGCAUUCCGCUCAAAGGUCACUGAGACUUUUGCCUCACCUAAAGAGACCAAGGCUCAGAAAGAAAAAUUAAGAUGUGAAAAUAAUGCAUAAAAGACAUGAUUUUUUGUGCUACCAAUUCUGGCCUUACAGGACCAUAAAGUUAAUUACAACUUUGAAAGAGAAAAAAAAAACUGAGUACGAAAAAAUACAGUUAGCUAGCAAAUAUGGACAGGUUUACUUAGAAAUCCUGUUUCUAAAUGCAAGUCAAGCUUUAUUGUUAGGCUUGCUGCUACUCAUUAACCCAAAUAUUUGUACAAAAAACUAAAGAGUCUCAUUGAAUGAAUGUAAAGUCCUGCAAUAUCCUUGAAAUCCAAAAGAGGUCCAUGACAUAGACCCAAAGGUAUUCAUGAGCUAUUCAUUUAAAUGCCUGGAACUGACUUCUUGAUAAAAAUAUAAAAAAUAAUUUCCAUGUAAGUUACCAGAAACCCCACCAGCAACAUAAUUUUAAAGCCUUUCAGAUUACUUUUAAAAAAUGCAGCUUACAUAAAACAACUUGUGCCUAUUUUAUUUCUAAUCCAUCACUUCAAAACAUGGUAAUCUUUCAGCUCAUUACUCCUCCAAUUUUUAAUGUCGAAUUUUUUUCUAACACAAUAACCAAAAGCUUUUAUUUAUAAAAAGGCUUGAAAAAUAUAGACAAUCUUUAAUGUAUUAUUUGUACUUAUAUUCUAUCUGUAGGUUAUAAUAAAGGCUUCCUGAUGUUAGUAAUAA